ACGCCGGUCCGGACCGAGCAGCACACGACCGUCCGUCCGUCUGUCGCCGUCGGGGAGCGUGUGCGGUGCCACGUGCAGGAGCCAGCCUCUGGUGGACAGGCGAUGCGGCCCCUGGGAUAGCUGCAGGCUCGCGGCUUCCUCAUUCUCUCGGGCUGGACUGCGCUACACUGACGUCGGCUCGCCCUCCCCUGCCCCCUCGCCCCCCAGCCAUGGCCUCACGCAUCGGGCUGCGUAUGCAGCUGAUGCGAGACCAGCUGCAGCAGGAGGAGCAGCGCGAGCGGCAGCAGCAGCAGAACGCGGCCCUGCAGUACAUGCAGCAGCGCAUGGCCGGGCCACCUGCACCCACUCCAGCCAUCAGCACUCCACAGCAUUACCAAAGCAUGCAGGUCCCCGUGGAGGUCCUUAAGGUACAGACCCACCUCGAGAAUCCUACAGACUACCACAUCCGCCAGUCUCGGAGGCAGCAGGUGAAAGAAUACUUGUCCACCACGUAUGCCACCAAACAGACUGUUCACGCAGUAGUGGGAGUGGUUCCACCCUCUCUGCCCCCAAACCUGGGACCCACGGGGGGCUCAGCUCCUGCCCCCCAGCCCCUCCACUCGCCCCACAUGCGCACAGAGCAGCUCAUGUCUGGAAACAGUGCCCCCAACAGCCCCAUGGCCAUGCUCAACAUUGGCUCCAGCCACGAAAAGGAGAUGGAUGAUGUCAUCGACGACAUCAUCGACAUGCAGUCCAACUACGAUGAUAUUCAGACAUACAUUGACCCCGCCGUCCAGAUGCCAAACACACUCCCUCUGUCCAGCAGCCACCUGGACGUGUACACGGGUCCGGGCAUGAAGGGGCCGGGCAUCGCGAUGACCAGCAACUCCUGCCCCGCCAACAUCACCAUCAAACGCGAGCUGUCAGGCGCAGAAGCCCGAGCACUGGCCAAGGAGCGGCAGAAGAAAGACAACCACAACCUGAUUGAAAGGAGGCGAAGAUUUAACAUCAAUGAUCGUAUCAAAGAGCUGGGCACCAUGAUACCAAAAACCAAUGAUCUCGACGUGCGCUGGAACAAAGGCACUAUACUGCGCGCCUCUGUCGAAUACAUCAAGCGCAUGCAGAAGGAUGUGCAGAGGACCCGAGAGGUCGAGAACAACUUCAAACGGAUGGAGAUGGCCAACAAACAGCUGAUGCUGCGUAUUCAGGAGUUGGAGAUGCAGGCGCGGCUGCACGGCCUGCCCAGCAACUCUCCCUCCGGCCUGAACCCGGGAGACCUGAUGGCUGCGUACAUAAAACAAGAGACCAGCCCAGAGGAGAACCUUUCUCUCCCCCAGUUACAAGCCCAUCUCCAUCCCCAGCAUCUACCCCAGAACCAGGCCCAGCCCCAGGCCCAGCCGCACCACUUCCUCCCUCAAAACCACGUCCACCCCCAGGCCCAGGCUCAUCCUCAGCCCAGGCAGCUGCCGCCGCUCCCGCAGCACGUUCAGCACCAACCCCCUAUCCAGUUCCCAGCAGUAGGUAGCUCCCAGCCCUUUGACUUUACCCACUCGCUGGACUUGUGCGAUGGGAUACCGGGCUUCUCAGAUGGCAUGUCAGGGCUGGGCGACCUGGGCGGGCUGGAUGUCAACGGUAGGAGAAGCGAAAUGGCAUUCCUGAUGAUGGAUGAGCCUUUGUCCCCCAUGGGCAGAGACCCGCUGCUCUCUGCGAUGUCCCCUGAGGCCUCGGUCGACUCCAGCCGCAGAUCCAGCUUCAGCAUAGAGGAUGGAGACAUACUCUAGACACAUGAAUACAUGCGAGUGCACUCACAGGCGAAGGCGCACAUGCACAGAAGGAGGCGACGGUACAUAAACACUGGCACAUUUACAGCACACAGAAAUAAAUCAGCCGCCACACAUGGAUCAAACACACACACACACUGACAAAGUGCAUGUGAGAUAAACUGAGCAGCUUCAAUCACUGCCAGGUCAGGAGUGAUAUCGCACACUUGGCCUUGUUUUCCAUAAAGGUGGCUCUGAGUCAUAAUUAAACAAGGGACAAAAAAACAGCAGUUAAUUAGACUGAAGUUAUCAGAUACAAGGACAAGUGAGUGCCUGGUCUCACUUGAUAGAGGACAAGUUAUUUUCCUCUUUACAUCAACCUUUUUUAGUAAGCACAACCGAUUGAAUCAGCGAUAGCGAUGAAAUGGAAAUAGCUUUCUGGCUCUGCAUGCAUAAUGUAUAUGAGGGACAUGCAGCCGAUUCUGCGUCCUGCUCGUCAAGCUGUUAUUGCACAGCUUGCUUUAGCCUCUAGCGUUCGCUGGGUGGUCCUGUUAAUCUGUAGCGACAGCAGAUAUCUUUUAUUGUUCGUCAAAGCCAUUUGCAUUACAUCCAUAUGUACAUAUUACAUAUACUUCAUUAGAGUUUUCUGGUCUAAACCAUCUGCUCACACACACACACACACACACACACACACACACACACACACACACACACACACACACACACGCACACAGUUUCUUCACCUUUAACUCUUCUCCCUUUCAAGGUCCAUAUUCAAAGACACUGUUGACCAGUAGCAUGAAUCUGGAAGGUGUCAGAGCUAUAAUUCAAAAACUCUCAGGUAGUGUAUCAGAAUACACAAGGAGGUUUUAUUGUAAAUGGAGUGAGAACCUUAAACGUAUCAUUGCCAUAGACUACAUCAAUGUGCCUUUAGAGUUUUGCAGUUGCUGCCCUUCAAAUGCAGCAUGGCAAAAUUUGACAGUUAGAAAGGAAGAAGUACUGUAGAUAGUAGUUCUCACUGUGUUACAGCAACACACACACACACACACACACACACACACACACACACACACACACAAUCUCCCAGCUCAAUAAACAUACACACACUCCCCCAUUACACUCAUGCACUGAAGUGCUCAGACACACACACUGUGCACACACAGUGCUGUGAGCCUUGACUGUUUCCAUACCGGCAUGUUAACCAGUCUCCACGCCUCAGUCUCUCCCCUGAUGGGUCAGCCGCAGAGGUGAGACUUGGGCCUGCUGCUCACCGUUAUCCCACUGCCAUCUGUUGCCUCAGCGAUGGCUGCAGGACCUGAGACAUGGACCUGAGUUAAAGGCCUUGGCUUUGAUUUGAAAUAGCUUAUGAUCAGCACACAUAAGAGUAGAAAAAUCAUAGUGAUUUUAUUCUGAUUAAAUGAUGUGUUUGUUUCCUUUUGCCAUGGAUUGUUUUUAUUUUAUCUCCCAAAGCACUGCAAAACUAUACUAUAUUAUUGUUUAGACUUUGUACAUGGAUUUAAUUAAGGAUUUGUUUCAGAUGUUAUAUGCCACUAAGCCAUUUACGUGUAUUUUGUUUGUAUUUGUUGUUUUAGUUUUAUUUCAAUUUUAUUCCAAAACUACUCUUUCUUCUCUGAGCCAUUGCUGGGAAAUUGUAAAGGCAUUCACUGUUUCAUGAGAAGCCGCUUACAGACUUUCAGAUUUCAAGUGACUUCAGAGAGACAAAGAGAUUCUGUACAUUUGCAAUGCCAUUUUUAUAUAUGAUUUGGGUUUUACUUUUUUUGUUUUGCCCUUUAAAAUUUGUCCCCAGUCAUAGAAGAAGGUGAUUUAUUGAUUUCAAAGUGCUCGUUUUAUGAAUGUAAGGUUUACCUGUGGUUCUGGUCAGACUGAUGAAGGCUGGAGGCCUCGCCAUGCCUCGUUCCUCCCUGACUUUGGUUUCCAUGGAGACCGGGAAAUGACAGACCUAUAAGAACAUAAACUCUGAGCCGAGGAGCCGUGGUUGCCAUGACGUUGUAUCACUGACUCUGCAUUUGUCUCUAUCUGUCAGCCAGAUUUGUGCCUUUUUCUUAUCGGCCCCAGUUUGACUGUUGUUCUGUCAGCCAGACGUCACUCCAAAGAGAAGCUCGGGCCUCCUCUACUCUUCCACUAGAGGGGGCUCUCCAGAGCAGAUACAGGGAAAAUGGCAGUGAUUUCAAUGAAACUAUAAAAUAUUUUAGUUGAAUACA